ACUUAUAUGGUACAAAAAAAGGCCUUAUACAGAACAUUGUGUUAAAACAGACAUCACAACGUAAUUCGUCAUUCAAAAUCCUUUAAUUUGAUGGGUCAUACAUUGAUUUCUGAUUAUCCGUUCCAAAGAUACAAAUAUUUGUACAAAAUUAUGAAAAAUCGAAUAAUUUGAAAUAUUUACAAAAAUAUUUUAAGUUGUUUGUUAACAUGCCGGGUGUGUAUGGUUGAUAAGAAAAGAGUGCAGACGUUAUUUUUGUUAAUAUUAACCUCCAAAGAUAUGACAAGCCACAAUGCUAAAAGUCCGGAUGUAGUCGGAUGAGAACAUGUAACCGCAGUUGUUAUUUGUGUAAAUGUUAUCACAUAUUUUUAAAACUAUAAGGUCUUGUUUUUGCAAAACACAUUCAAACAUUUGAUCACGUUCAUGCUGUGUGAAUUUCGCCUAUAAAUACUGAAACAGACGAGCAUAUACCACAGUCGACAUCUGACAGUUUCUACAGUAUAGUUGCAGUGUUCAGUGGAAAAUAUUCAAUUAAGAUAUUCCUAGCGUUCAGACGUGUGCUCUGGUGAGUUUUAUAUCGUUCAGAAGUGUGCUCUGUUGAGUGGCAAACUUUGAAUAUUUUUUGAUUUUGUCGAAAACAAUUUUUUUUUUUUGAAAUUUUUAAAACAUAUUUAGUGUUUGGGUUCUAAUUUUUUUGAAUUCUAAGUUUUGAAUAUUUAUUAUUAUGUUAUUACUUAGUGUUGUUUGAUUUGGUCAGUUUUUUUUUAAUAACGAAAACAUGAACAAAUUCUUAGUCACUAAAGAUACAUUUAAGAAAAUUCGUAUUUCUCAUCCUUUAAUAACGAAAACAUGAACAAAUUCUUAGUCACUAAAGAUACAUUUAAGAAAAUUCGUAAAUUUGGCCUCCAGGGACGAACUCUGGAAUUUAAAAUCAGGGAUGUGCCGCAGAGUGAGGAACCUGUGGGAUGGGUAAAAAAGGCCAUCGAGGGGAUUGUACUUAAGGGAACAGAAGGUUUGGAACCAACCGAUCAGGUCGGUUUCACUUUUUGCUCGAAAGACUUUGCCAGAGGUCAGGGUUGGAUGAGGUUCAAACCUGCCUCUGAAGUGACCGUUGAUGAUAUAUGGAAUAAGAUUAGUUCCAUAUAUCAGAGUAAUAGCACCGGCCUCAAUACCGAGACAUUUUGUUUGGGUAUUACGACGGUAAAACUGCCCGCGGGAAAAGGUGGUCCGAGAGGAAGAGCUUAUAACUCCUUUAACGAGGAGUGUUUGAAAAGGCGAGGAACUGUUGUUAUUAAAAACAAGGAUAAUCUUUGUUUACCUCGUGCUCUUGUGGUUGCAAAAGCUCACGUAGAUAAGGACCAAGAAUGGAAGAAGGUACGUCAAGAUGUUGGAAAAAUACAAGGACAAAGAGCCCAUCAACUGAUUGAAGCCGCUAAUGUAACAAUUCCUGUCGGAGGGGCCGGAAUACCCGAACUACAACAGUUUCAGGGACACCUCACAGAUUACAAAAUUGUGGUGUAUAGUUAUGGUAGCAAGGGUCGUGACGUUAUGUUCUGUGGUAACACUAAUGGUCCAGCGUUAAAUCUUUUGUAUCAUGAAGGACACUUUAACGUGAUCACUUCUUUGACAGCUGCUUUUUGCUGUCGAUAUUAUUGUGAGGAGUGCCACCAGCCGUUUAACAACAAAAACGACCACAGAUGUGGUGGUACAUGUUUUGCUUGUCGUCGUUCACCAGCUUGUUCCAAAGAUUGCGUGAAAAUACCCUGCGAUCAAUGUGGUCGAAACUUCUACGGUAAGGCAUGUUUCAAUGCUCAUGUUGGUUCGGUAUGCGAUAAAAUCAAAAGGUGUAAGACCUGUUACAAGAUCUACACCAAAAGUCAUGUCUGUGGUGAGGUCUUCUGUAAAACUUGUAAGAAAAAUUGUCCGUCAGAUCAUCUUUGUUACAUACAGCCCGAUUCUGGUCUUCCUCCAUCAAGCGAUUUUCUAUUUAUAUUUUAUGAUUUGGAAACUAGUCAGGAAAAGAUAUUGGCUGAUGGUUCGCUUCUUCAAGAACCAAAUCUCUGUGUAUUUAAUCAACGUUGUUACAAAUGUCUCCCUGAGAUGAAAUUAGUUUUCUGUCAAUCUUGUGGAUUUCGCCAAAAGAUUUUGAGGGGUCUUGACGUAAUAAGUCUUUUUAUGAAUCAUAUUUUGCAAAUUAGAAAAAAAUUCAAGAAUGUUGUCGUGUUAGCUCACAAUGGAGGAGGCUUCGACCAUCAAUUUAUUUUAAAUUAUAUUUUAACAAAGACUGAUUUAACCCCUGAUCUCAUUAUGCGUGGUACGAAACUAGUGUCAAUGGCUGUUGGUAACGUUCGUUUUCUCGAUAGUCUUAAUUACUUUCCAAUGGCGUUGUCUGCUCUACCUAAAGCUUUUGGGUUGACAGAGUUGAAAAAGGGAUAUUUUCCACAUUUGUUUAACAGAGAGGAAAAUCAAUCUUAUGUUGGACCUAUGCCUGAUCUUAAAUUUUACGAUCCCGAUAAUUUAAAAGAUGAUGCACGUGACAAGCUGAUCGCGUGGCACGCUGAAAGAGUAGAUGAGGGAUACGUUUUUGAUUUUCAAAAGGAAAUUGUUGAAUAUUGUAUUAGUGAUGUUGAGAUUUUGACUAAGGCUUGUCUCACUUUCAGAAAACAGUUGAUGGAUACUUCAAAUGUCUGUCCGUUUUUCGAGGCAACAACUGUUGCAUCGACUUGCAACAAGGUAUUCAGGCGUAAUUUCUUACAAUUAAACACAAUAGGCCUUAUUCCAAAAGGUGGCUAUCGAUUCAAAGAUAAUCAGUCGAAAAUAGCUUUGCAGUGGUUAUUGUGGGAAGAGAAGCAACGCUGUAUUAAAAUUCAGCAUGCCGCCAGGGGACCUGAAGCUCUUAUUGGAAAUUGUAGGGUGGACGGUCUUUACGAAAAGACCGUCUUUGAAUUUCAAGGUUGUUAUUAUCACGGUUGUCCUACUUGUUACCCUACAGAUAGAACUGCACCCCUUCAUGACGAUCCUUCAGAUUGUAUGGAAAAUCGUCAUGAUAAAACAAUUGCUAAAGUUAAGCAUCUCAGAUCAAUAGGAUAUGAGGUGGUUGAAAUGUGGGAAUGUCAAUUCCGUAAAAUGCUGACGGCCGAGAUAAAGGCAUAUACCGAGGGGCAUCCUCUUAUGGCUAGUUUACCUUUGAAUCCUAGAGAUGCUUUAUAUGGUGGUCGUACAGGCAAUACUGUAGAGUAUUACAAGUGUAAAGAUGGUGAAAAAAUUAAAUACGUUGAUGUUUGUUCGCUUUAUCCGUGGGUAUGCAAGUACGGAAAGUUCCCAAUCGGACAUCCAAAGAAAAUAUAUAUUGGACAGGAAUGCACUGCUGUAGACAUUACUGAGUUAUCUGGAUUAAUAAAGUGUAAAGUGCUUCCUCCUACAAACCUCUAUCAUCCUGUUCUUCCUACCAAGAUGAACAGUAAAUGUAUGUUCGUUUUAUGCCGAAAGUGUGGAGAGGACUUUGCGGAAGAAGAGUGUGAGCAUUCGAAUGAUGAACGGGCUCUAACAGGUACUUGGGUGAUUGAGGAGGUAGUGAAAGCUUUAUCAAAGGGUUAUAAAAUACUUGAGACCUAUGAGAUAUGGUCCUAUGAUACUUUACAGUUAUCGAAAUCUCAGAAAGGUCUUUUUUCCGAUAUGAUGAACAAAUUUAUCAAAGUGAAACAACAAGCUUCAGGGUGGCCGCGAGGAUGUGUAUCGGAUGAGGAAAAGAGCCGGUACAUCGAGGAGUUUCUUCAGAGGGAGGAUGUCAGGCUGGAGUUUUCCGACAUAACGGAGAACCCUGGUCUGAGGUCGUUGGCUAAGCUUAUGCUCAAUUCUUUCUGGGGUAAGUUCGCUCAGCGAGAGAACCUCCCUAAAACAUCCAUAAUAAACAAGCCUGGAGAAUUUUUUGCUAUGUUGAUUAAUCCAUCCAUUCAGGUUAAUACGGUGAUCCCUGUAAAUGAGGACACACUGGUUGUUACGUGGGAGUAUGUGAAGGAGGCGUACUCAAUGUCGUCAGCAGUUAAUGUUGUUCUGGCAUCAUACGUUACGGCUCUGGCUCGUCUCAAAUUGUACUCUUAUCUGGAGAUUAUUGGGUCUCGGGCAAAAUAUUACGACACAGAUUCGUCUAUUUACCUUUCCAAGGCUGGCUUACCUGAUCUCCCAAUAGGUGAGUGUAUAGGUGACUUAACUGAUGAGUUGGGUGGGGGGUAUAUUUCAGAGUUCGUUUCUGGAGGGCCUAAAAAUUACGCAUAUAAAUACACUUUGCCUAACGGUGAAGAAAAAAUUUGUUGUAAGGUUAAAGGUAUUUGUCUAAAUUAUGAGGCAUCUAAAUUAGUUAAUUUCGAUACCAUUAAGAAGAUGGUACUUAUGAAGUCUGACCCUGUUUCUGUGGUGACUAAACAAAUACAAAGGACACAGGAUCAUUGUGUUAUCACAAAAACCCUUGAAAAAAAAUAUAGACCAAACUCAGCAAAAAGAAAAUUUUUUGAAGAUUUUACAUCCGUACCUUAUGGUUAUAAAAAACUUAAAAUUUAAACUAUAGCCCAGACUCAGCUUUUUUAUUUUUUUUAACACUAUACCUGUUUAACACUCACAAUCAACAUUUUUAAUUAGUAAGUUAUAUAUUAAUAGAUUACUUUUUGUUUUGUCAACAGUGGAUGCUUUUUCCUCUGCGAUACAACCGAUCGUCUGUCACACUGAAAAGUGGGUUACUAAAAAGUUGUAGUGAGUUGUCGUUUGUCCUACAUGAUUAAACAUCUUUAAAAGAUGUUCAGUUAAGACCAUUAAAAGAUAUCUGAUAUAUAGCCCACUGGCAAAUUAAUGAGCCGUUCUGGUUAACUCUAGAACCGUUGCUCGUGUAGCCGCUCAUUAUAAAAGAUGGCAAUCAGAUCAUAAAAAGAUGUCUGCUGAACCAUUUCCUGUAUGUUUAAAAAAGAUGUUCAGUUAAGGUCACUAAAAGAUAUUCGUUAUAAAAAUGUACUAUAAAUAAUGUUAAUAAAAAGAUACCUGCUGAACCAUUUCCGGUAUUUUAAAAUACAAUAAACAGUUUUCGGCUAUGAACCACUUUGUGAUUUUGUAACAUCAUUACAGCUUUGCUCGUUACUUACUAGAAGGUGGGGCAACAAUCGCUUGUUCUAUGCUAUCACAAAUAUAUAUAUAUAUUGAAUCACAUUUGAUUCCUCUGAGGAAAUUUGGUGGUUGUAGGCCUCUAGGGGAUGGUGUCCACGAUAAAACA